AUGAAAGAUUUAUGCACCGCACAAUAUGACGCCCAUGACGCUUUAGCGGAUUCUGAAGCUCUACAGCGACUUGUGCUUCACCUUGAUAUUUCUAGAGCCAUGAUGCUGAAACACAGCUUUAGUGUAGAUUUUGUUAUUGAGAAUGACAAAUAUGCUAUUUUAUUGAGUAGAAAUGCUUCUUCAUUGAAACAUCUUGUAGAUGAAAAUAUUUUGUCUAAAUUUACAGCUAACAAAAUUGCAGCAUCCGGUCUUCACUAUGACCAUCUUUGCAUUGCUCAUCACAGAGAUCCUGUGAAUGGUAUAAAGUCUAUUUUGUCAGAGAAAAACAUGGGUAAGGUCAGAGUGACAUCCAAUGGUAAAAUCAUCAAGUCAUUACAUCAGUAUUUUAUGAAAGGUAUUUACAUGGCUGGCACUUCUGGACCGGAAAUGCCGGAGGGCAAGGCAGAUGAAGACGAGGCUGUGACCCAGUUUCUGAUGAGUAUUGGCCUUGACUGCCUCACAGAACUGUUCUCAAGACAGAAAAUAACCAUGGAUAUUUUAAAGGAAAUGACUUCAGAAAAUUUGAAGGAGGCUGGAGUACAGGAAUAUGGUUACAGACACAAAAUUAUUAAAGAACUUUACAAAAGAAAAGGGACUUUGGCGUCUGUUCAAAGGUCAAUAUAUCAACGAAAAAGAAAAGCAAUCUUUGAACAGCAUAAUUUGAUACCCAGCAAGAAACACUGCAAACUUGGGAAAACUAUUUAUCAAAAAACUGCGCCGUACCCGAUGAGAAAAUCUGUGAAACCAAGAACACAAAUACCACAAAUUCAUCAGACGGCAGCUUCGACACAGACAUCCUUCCCUUCAUCUCAAAAUAAUUUGUCAAGUACAAGGAAUUCAAAUAAUCAUGGGUUGAUGCAAACCGUGGCUACUCAAAACAUCUCACAAACAGUUUCUUCCAACAGUUUGAGUAAUACUAAUUCAAUAUUUCCUGCCACUAGUAAUAGUCAAAUUGCUACAAGAAGUACCAACCAAUCGAUGCUGGUAAAUAUCCAACCAAUUUCAGCAGGUAAUAGCCAAGGCACGAGUCAGUCAAUUAAAUUACCCAACCAGUCCUCUGUCAGUCCAUCAGCCACACCUUGUAUCACUACCUCAUCCUCCUCCUCAACAUCGACUUGUUCAAGUUGUGCAACAAAGUCUUCGUCUGCAUGUGCUUCACAUUUAACCCUUACAUAUGACAAUGAUGACGCCAUUACGGAGGAUGAAAUAGGUUCUUAA